AUGUAUAAGUUUGAGAACACGCGUAGAGAAAAACGGGUUCAGUUUCACAACCAAGCUGAAAUUGAAACCCCCUCUUUCUCUUCCGUUGUUCUCGACAAGAUUUACAGUUCCAUCGACGAAGAAGAGAAAAAGAGUUCCGAUAAGAAAUUCUUCACAGAAACAACAGGUAACAAAAUGAGCAAAACCAAUGCUAAAUGCAAUAGAUUCGACGGAGAAGUACCUAAUAUUCGCCUAAAAAUCGGGACACAAACCGAGAGAAAAAUGCAUCAUUAUCGUGAUCAUGAUCAAGAUGUUAUGUUCUUCAGUUCCACUUCAAGCUCUUCAGAUUCAAGCUCUGGAUUAUUAUCGUCUUCCUCCGAUACAGAACCAAUGUACAGAGCAAAAUCACUAAAUCCGUGUUUUGCUCAUUCGAAGCCUAAGCCGGUGAAAAUAACCGUUCCUCCAGAGAGAAGCAUUGCGAGAGACGAAGAUACAUUCAUCAAAUCGAAAUCAAGAGCGAUGAAGCUUUACAACAAUCUCAAAAAGGUGAAGCAACCAAUCUCACCAGGUGGAAAACUCACAAGUUUUCUCAACUUGUUUAUAAACACAAAGAAAACAAAAAAUGUUUCCUCUCACGAAGACGUGAAUGCAGAGAGAAAAGGUAAAUCAGGACAAUCUUCAACUUGUUCUUCAGCUUCUUCGUUUUCGCGUUCUUGUUUGAGUAAGAACUCAUCUACAUCAAGAGAUAAAUCGCGUAAUGGCACUAAAAGAACAGUGCGUUUUUGUCCGGUAAGUGUGAUUGUUGAUGAAGAAAAUCGAGUUUGCGGUAACAAAUGUUUGCAUGAAGGAGAAGAAGAUUCAGGUGUAACGGCAUUUGUUCCAUCGGCAUGGAAAAUUGGACGAACAGUGAGUAAGAAGAAAGAACAAGAGGUUUUGAAUAUGAACAAGAGAGUGGAUGAUGUUUUAAGAGAGUUUCAUCUUAAUCGGAAACUUUUAAGAGAUUUUUCUAGUAGAAAAAAUGUGAAGGAUGAUGAUGACGUGUCAAGUAGUUCAAGUUCAGAUCUUUUCGAGCUUGAUCAAGCUUUGAUUGGAAAUGAUGGGUAUUAUUUUGAGGAUUUGCCUGUGUUCGAAACUACUCAUGUUUGUUCUAAUCGUGUCAUUAGCAUAAUGUAA